AUGCCGGUUCGAAAGAUAGCUUGGAGGAAGUGUCGUGACCCGUGGAGUCUGUACACGUUCCUUGGACUGAAAAUGGAAGAAAACCGGCUUGCACUUCUACAGAUGAUGUCGCACAUUGAUGACGAUGAGGAUUACGAUGAUGUCGAACAGGAUGUCGGUGAAGAAUUAAACGACAAUAUGGAUGAAGAUGUUAACGAUGUUGUUCAGCCGAUUGCAUCGGUGCCAUCCACGGAACCAUCAUACCGGCUUAGCGGGAUGAGAAAGCAGGGAAAAGAUGCCGGUAAUUUUGCUAAAACGUUGACAGACCCCACAAAUACUUUCCCGCGGCCACCAGAGGAUACCUCUAAUGUUGGUGUGUGUGAACAGUGUGGUUUGCGCGAUUCGAUUGCUGCCGUCUUGUAG